AUGAUGUUGACCCUUGCGUCGCUCCUGCUUGCAGGUCCCACCCUAGCAGCUAUCCCCAACGCCAUGCUUCGCGGCAUGCCCUCUCUCCCAAAGAUCCCAGUGCCGGAUCGUUCCAUCAUAAUUUCGCCGAAUGGCACAGUGCUCCCACCCAUUACCACCGUCUAUUACUUUGAUCAACUUAUCGAUCACAAUAAUCCAGACCUCGGGACCUUCCAGCAGCGAUACUGGAUGAACUGGGAGUUCUACGAGCCCGGUGGCCCCAUCAUCUUGAUGACGCCCGGAGAAGGUGACGCAGAUGGUAACGAGGGCUUCAUGACCAAUAAGACCAUCAGUGGUCUCAUCGCUCAACAACAGAAUGGUGCAGCCAUCAUGAUCGAACACCGUGAUGCUGUGAAACCAGGUCAGGCGCCAUGGAUAUUAGUCGGAGGAAGCUACUCGGGGGCCCUUACGAGUUGGACGAUGGUCAACAAACCAGGACUUUUCUGGGCCGCGUAUGCAUCUUCUGCAGUCGUAGAAGCAAUCACUGACUAUUAUGGGUAUUUCACCCCUAUUUACGAGCACAUGCCACAGAACUGUUCCUCUGAUGUAGAGGCAGUGAUUGCGUACCUGGAUGGGUUGUACAUGGCUAAUGACACAGCUGGAAUCCAGAUUCUCAAGGAGGCAUUCGGUCUAGGGGAUCUUGUACACGUAGAUGACUUCGCCGGUGCACUUCAAUCCAACCUGUUCGAUUGGCAAGCUCUGCAGCCUGAUGUCGGCCCAAGAGCGAUGUUCUUCCGGUUCUGUGAUGCACUCGAGGUCAAAAACGGAAUCAGUGCAGGACCUGAAGGAUGGGGGCUCGAAAAUGCCAUCCACUCUUGGGGAACUUUUUGGAAUACCACAUACUAUAACGUUGGUAGGCGGUUCCCUUCGUUUUUGAUUGACGUGGCUAAACCUGAUAGUGAAGUCUGUGGAUCCGAGGAUGCCGAAACCUGUUUUGGGACGUACGAUACCAGCCAGUCCUAUUACACUAAUGUCACCGUGAAUAAUGGAAACAGAUCGUGGUUUUGGAUGGUGUGCAAUCAAGUCGGAUGGUACCAGGUUGGCCCUCCUGAAGGUCAACCCGCAAUUGUGAGCCGCAUUCUCCAACCCAUCUACAACGAACGUGAAUGCGUGAACAUGUUUCCUCAAGUGUUCGCCUAUCCGCCCGAGCCUACCACAGAAGAGACGAACGCGAAGUACACUGCUUGGGACGUGAACGUCCCGCGUCUCUUCUUCGCAAAUGGCCUGCGUGACCCUUGGCGCGAGACGACUGUCUCUGCUGAUGGGUUGGAUAAGCCUAAUAUUCCCAGCAUGCCGAUCUAUGAGGGUGACGGAUUCCAUUGCUCGGAUAUGAUCACACAGAAUGGCAUUGUGGACCCGACUGUCGCAGCAGUGCAGGAAGCAGGGUUAAAGUACAUGAAGGAGUGGCUGGCUGAGUGGACGCCGUCCGCCUGA